CCACUGUUAAUGAUUCAUAAAGGCUAAGGCCAUUUAUCUUUGAACAGACGGGUGUAAACUCUUGGCAGAUUAAUGUGCGUCCGUGAAGAAGCUCCACUCCCCAAACAUGAAGAUCCUCAACAAAGCCGAACUCCAGAUUGCUGAAGGAGUUCUGCUCAAACACCUGCCCAAGAGCUUCAUGGUAUACGGAUUCAUAUAUGGGAUUAACAGGAAGAAACCAAGCACACUGGAGGUUAUCGUUGAUACGUGGCCGGAUUUUAAGGUUAUCAUUUGUCGACCUGACCCCAAGCGAGUCCUGGAGUUCAUGAAAAAUGUGGUCUACUACUACACCCUGGAUGACCAGAUGUUAAGGAAAAUGCUGAGAGAAGAGAAUUCAGUUGACUGGAGCACGCACUUUGUCAUUGCUGCAUUGGACGUUUCCCAUGCAAACAUGAUCAAAGAAGUGUCUUCUGACAGAGAAGUCAACAACCGAGUCUAUUCUUUGGUGCAUCUUAUGUAUUUGCCAGACAGCAGUCAUCUGCCUCCACCAACAGCUGACAGUGAGCUUGAAUCAAGGAUUUCACCCCUUAACCUUUCCCACGUUGACUUGGUGAAUAAAACCUGGAAGUUUGGCGGGAACCAGCAGAGUCGCAUUAACAUCAAAAACCUCAUCAGCAACUUCCCAUCAUGCUGCAUCACUGACGGCCAGGGCCAGCCCGUGUCCUGGAUUCUGAUGAAUGAUUACUGUGCUUUGGGCUUGUUGCACACUCUGCCAGAGUACAGAGGCAGAGGUUAUGCCAAAGCUCUGGUCAACACCAUUGUCAGGAGACUCCACUCUGAGGGCUACCCAGUGUACUGCUUCAUAGAGGAGGACAACGCGGUAUCCUUCGAGCUCUUUAAAAGCCUGGGUUUCAUUGAGGAUCCCUCAUACAGGGCAACAUGGUUGGAGUUAAACUUUUGAUUUUGUAACAAUUGUCAUUGAAUGUAGAGCUGACACGUUCUCUGGCAAAGAUACGGUCUUAGUAAAUGAAAAUGUGAUUGACAUAUUAUGUGAACACAUUAUAUAUAGGCUCUCCAAAGAAUUGAAUCAAAACCUGGACUGUUAAAAUGUGGUGGAAGGGAAAGAGGCAUUAAAUGACACAAAUAAUACAAUAUCAAUGUAACAAUGUCAAAUAAAUUGAGCCCUUGAUUUA